AUGAACAAAUUAGUUAGGUCUUAUACUCUCCCACUGCCCUGAAUGAACGUAAACGUCAUGGAAUGCGGCCCAGAAUCCGGAAUUCCUAUCAUCUUUAUCCACGGCUAUCUCGCAACCUCUCUAUUCCACAGGCGAAUAAUCCAAAAAAUGCCUCCAAGAUACCGAUGUAUUGCUUAUGAUUUACGAUGUCAUGGCCAUUCAUCAGCAGUCCCAAUUGACGCUACCCAGGGUUUAAAGAAUUUUUCAGACGAUUUACACGGAGUUAUAGAAGCUUUGAAUAUUAAAAAGACCCAUAUAAUGGGUUGGUGCAGAGGUGGGAAUAUUGCAAUGCAAUAUGCAAUAGACCACAGUGACAAAAUUUUAUCUUUAAUUUUAGAGUCACCAGGAUCUCCUUAUGGACUGUUUGGGACUGAAGACGAACUAGGCACUCCAACGUUUCCAGAUUAUGCUGGAUCUGGGGUGACUUCUAUAGCUUUAUAUAUGAAAUCUUCAAUUGAAAAAGGGAUUUCUGAUAAAAAUGCGUAUUCUCAUUUACUUGGCUGUUUAUCCCCUUUCGAUUUUUUAGUUAAAAAAAUAUUUUUAUUAGAAAAAUUAGUAAUUAUUCAAUAAAAAAGAGAUAAGAAAAACCUGGUAUACAAGAGGAAAACAAAUGACUGAGGAAUUAGAAAGAGAAUAUGUCAGUGAAUUCUUUUUAUCAAAAACAGGGGACGAUUUUUUGCCUGGAAACUACCAAACUUCAAUCAACUGGCCUGGCUGGCGGCCUGGAAAUAAAGGAUAUUUUAAUGCAUGCUCAGCAAAGUAUCACAAUUUAUCACGAAUAAUCCACACAUACCCUAAACCGCCAAUAUUAUGGCUGAGAGGGGAUAAAGACACUUAUAUCUCAGACUGCAGUACCAGUGACCCUGCUGUUCUUGGAAUGCUAGGAAAAAUCAAAGGCUACCCUGGAAAAGAGCUAUACCGCCCUCAACCAAUGCUCAGACAAAUCCGAAGAGUCCUAGAUUUAUAUAGCGAAAAUGGCGGAAGUUACCAAGAAAUCGUAAUAAAAGACUGUGGGCAUGCGCCACAAAUAGAAAGAGAAGAAGAAUUUUUAAUUUUUUUGUGGAGGUAUUUAGAAUAUAACCCCAGAUGGAAAUAA